AUGUGGUUGGUUGAGUCUACUGCGUAUCAUGCGGAGGCGUUCUUGCGCUUCUCUCUUGCGCUUCCCACCUUGGCCCCUGUUCCCGCCGCCGCCAACAAACCUCGUGACCCACUCCCUGACCCGAGUCGUCUUUUGAAGCUGCGGAUGGGCAGCCGGAUCCCUCGCACAAGAAGCCAGCUCGGCAGCCGAGUAGCAGCCACCAUCGUCGUUGACAUCGAGCCGCCUCCUGUGCAGCAGGUGCACCUUGGUCACGGCCCUCCUCAAGCCCUGACCGUGCACCUUGCGCAUAAAUGUGUGGAGGGCGGCGUUGCGAAGCAUGAUGACGUCCUGGCGGCGAAGGUCCUCGAGCGGAUUGCGAGCCAUCGCUGGUGCCGCCGCACCCGGAUCAAACCAGAAGGUAAUGCUGAAACCCGACUUGGUCUCGUCGCCCACCACGACCUCAGCCAAGGUGCGCGUGCCGCCCCAGCGGGUGCGGACCUGGCGCUCCGGCUCAAUGGAGAUGACCCCAACGAUGAGGUUGACCGUCAUGGUCUGUGGGUGGAUGCUCUCAAUGUGGGCAGCUGA